AGUUUGUAAGUUUGAUAUUCUUCAGAAUUGAGUUAACUUUAUAAAUCAAAUAUCUGGUGUUGUUUGAGUCCCUGGAUGAUGGUAAAGGAAGAGGUAAAAAGACAGGUGUUGUACUUUGUGUAGUUGCAUGGAAAACUACCAUAGGAUGGGGAGUGACAGAAAUGCGGACCCAGGAACUCACAAAGGGAGCAGUCCUUUCAAAACGAUGAAAGGGGAAAGAAGAGGGAUAUUGGUCUGACAAUAGAAUCUUGUUGGAACUAAUGGAAAUUGCAAAGUGAUGCUUGAUUGAAUGCAGACAUUGAUGGGGUGGUGAUGAGGACCUGGUCUUAAAAGAAGACAAAGUUCUGGAAUAACUCAGUGGUUCAAGCAGCAUUUCUGGAGAACAUAGGUAGGUGAUGUUUCGAGUCGGGACCCAUCUUCAGACCUUUUUCAAGCUCUCCUCCUCUCUCCGACAAGAGUCCUAUGAGAUCCUCCCUCACUCCGUGAUUUCUGCUGCUCUCUUGCUCUGUGAUGAAAUCUUAACUCUGUUUACUUUACUUUUGAGAUACAGCAUGGAAACAGGCCCUUAGGUCCUUCGGGUCCAUGCUGAACAGCGAUCACCCCGUACACUAGCACUAUCUUACACACUAGAAACAAUUUUACAAUUUUGCCGAAGCCAAUUAACAUACAAACCUGUAAGUCUUUGGAGUGUGAGAGGAAAGACUCGGAGUAAAUCUACGCAGUCACAGGGAGAACGUACAAACUCCACACAAACAUCAUCCAUAGUCGGGAUCAAACCUGGGUCUCUGGCACUGUAUGGCAGCAACUCUAUCGCUGCUCCACUGUGCACGUUGCUGUUCUUACACAGAGCAGGAGAAAGGGGGAAUGGAGAGAUGUGGGUAAUAUACAUGUUGCUGUCAAGGGCUCUGCCCAUUUAGUAGAAAGGUAAUCGAGGCCCAGGAAGUUUACAGGGCAGAAAAACCUUUGCAGGCCUCUAAAUAGUAGCCAGGAAGUAGGGUGCAAGAAAGGCAAUGGGUUCAUAGGAGAUUUCAUUAUGCAGGUAGACUGGAAAAUCAGAUUGGUACCAAACCUCAAGAAAGGGAAUUUGUGGAGUGCCUACGGGAUGGUUUCUUAGAGCAGCUUGUAGUUGAGCCUACCAGGGUAAAGGCAAUUCUGGAUUUGGUAUAGUUGUAAUGAACCGGAUUUAAUUAAGGAAGUUAAGGUAAAGGAACCACUGGGAGGUAGUGAUCAUAAUAUGAUAAAAUUCAACCUACAAUUUGAUAAGGAGAAGAUGAAAUUGGAUAUGUCCAUAUUUCUGUUGAGUAAAGGUGACUAAGGAGGCUUGAGGGAAGAGUUGGCUAAAGUUGAUUGGAAAAGGACGCGAGCAGGAAUGAUGGUGGAACAGCAAUGGCAGUAAUUUCUGGGAAUAAUUCAGAACAUGCAGUAUCUUUGCAUUCCAAAGAUGAAGGAAGUUUCUAACAGGAGAAUGAGGCGACCUUGGCUGACCAGGGAAGUCAAACAUAGCAUAAAACUAUAAGGGAAGGCAUAUAACAUUGCAAAGAUUAUUGGGAAGCUGGAGGAUUGGGAAGCUUUAAACUAAAAAGGCAAUGCGGGAGAAAAGACGAAACACAAACGUAAGCUAGCCAAUAAUGUAAAUGAGGAUAACAUAAGUUCCUUCAGAAAAAAUAAAGAGUAAAAAAGGGGCAAGAGUGGACGUUGGACCACUGGAAAAUUAUGCUGGAGCAGUGAUAAUGGGGAAUAAAGAAAUGGCAGAUGAAAUGAAUAAAUGUUUUGCUUCAGUCUCCAUAGUGGAAAACAUCAGCAACAUGUUGGAAAUUCAAGAGAGUCAGGGGGUGGAAGUUAGUGGAGUGACUAUCACUAAAGAGAAGGAGCUUGGGAAGCUGAAAGGUCUGAGGGUGGAUAAGUCACUCGGACUUGAUGGAGUGCACACCAGGGUUCAGAAAGAGGUGGCUUUAGAGAGUGUGGAGGCAAUAGUUGUGAUCUUUCAAGAAUCACAAGUCGGGGGUUGUUCCUAAUGAUUAAAAAAUUGUAAAUAUUACUCCGCUGCAUCAAAAGGUAGCCAGCAUCAUAUAACACCCACACCAACCUAGUCAAUGCUCUUAAUUCACUGCUGCUAUCGGGAAGAAGUUAUAGGAGUCUAAGAACUGUGACCAGCAGGUUCAGAAAUAACUUCUUGCCAAUAAUUUUUAGGUUAUUGACCACUACAAACAUCAACUAAACUUUGGAUGAGGAACUUUGGGCUUUUCUUUUGUUUUUGCACUAAUAUUGGUUUUUUUAUUAUUGAACUUUUAUUGUUUAUUUAUUAUGUUAUCUAUUGAGUACUGUGUUUUGCAGAUCUCCUUUUGUACUGCAAGUAAGAAUUUCAUUGUUCCGUUUCAGAACAUAUGACAAACACUUUUGUCUUGGAAUCAAGGGAUAUGGGGAGAAGGCAGGCAAAGGUUACUGAUUGUGGAUGAUAAGCCAUGAUCACUAUAAUGGCGGUGCUGGUUCGAAGGGCCAAAUGGCCUCCUCCUGCACCUAUGUUCUAUGUUUCUAUGAACAUGAGAGGAAAAUAUUUCUUAAUGUGAAAAAAUGGGACCAAUGUGGAUGAUUAGCUGUUGUUGUAGGAAUGUAAUUAAGGGGACAGCGAGCAAAUCCAUUUAUAAGGAGAGUAAAAAGAGAGGAGACUAUGUUUCAUGUCUCCAGCAGAGAAAACAGCAGACACCAAGGAACUGCAGAAGGUGAAAUCUUGAGUAAAACACAAAGUGCUGGAAUAACUCAGCAGGUCAGGCAGCAUCUGUGAAGGACAUAGGCAAUGUUUUGGGUCAAAUUGAAGAAGGGGUCUGAUCUGAGUGAACAUUGGCGGUGGUUUCCCUUGGUGACUGAGGGCAUGGAGCAGGGAAAAGUGUCAUAGUGGCAGGUAAAUAGUUAAUCUUGAACUUAGUGACAAACUUAGUGAGGUGUGUUGCAUUUUUAUCGGAGGUGAGAGUGCCAAACGCUGGGAAGACCUAUUUAAAGUUGUGAAGAAACGGAGAACAUUAAAUGAGUAGAAUACAAUAGACAAUAGGUGCAGAAGUAGGCUAUUCAGCCCUUCGAGCCAGCACCGCCAUUCACUGUGAUCAUGGCUAAUCAUCACAUUCAGUAUACCGUUCCUGCCUUCUCACCAUAUCCCCUGACUCCGCUAUCUUUAUAGCUCUAUCUAACUCUCUCUUGAAAGCAUCCAGAGAAUUGGCCUCCACUGCCUUCUGAGGCAGAGAAUUCCACAGAUUCACAACUCUCUGGGAGAAAAAGUUUUUCCUCAUCUCUGUUCUAAAUGCCCUUGCCCUUAUUCUUAAACUGGUUCUGGACUCCCCCAACAUCAGUUCUGGACUCCCCCAACAUCGAUUCUGGACUCCCCCAAUAUCGGGAACAUACACUAGCAAGUCAUGGUGUUGCAAUACGCUGAAAUUUGCAAUUGUUUCCUGUUCAUUUUAUUCCAAAGAAUUACCUUCAUUAGACUGAUGUCCGGUCUGAGUUACAAUUUUGUGGUUUACAUCACUAAUGAAAGGAUUGAUUGAAUCAUGCAAUGGUAUAAAAGAGGCAGAGAAGCAGCAAAUGUCCCACUGCUGUCUCUAGUCAAGAUGAAGAUUAUUCAGAUUCCAACUCUAUUGAUCCUGCUGAAAAUUAUACCUGUAUUCACAUUCCCAUUGCCAGCUGAUGAUUUAGAUUUGGCCACGCAUUAUCUUAAGGAAUAUUAUAACUUUCAAGAUGAUUCUUCUGAUGCUGUGAAAGGAAGCAUAGCUGCUUUCAGAGCUAAUGUUAUGAAAAUGCAAGAAUUCUUUGGCCUCCAUAAAACUGGAGAAUUGGACUCUUCAACCCUGGGCAUUAUGAAGAGAUCCCGAUGUGGAUUUCACGAUCUUCUUCGAUAUAAUCACGGCCCAGGCAACCUCAAAUGGCAACAUAAGAACCUGACUUAUAGAAUCAUCAAUUAUACAUCACGUUUGAAACAGAGUGUUGUAAAGAAUGCAAUCAAAAAUGCUUUCAAAGUGUGGGCUGAUGUCACACCAUUGACCAUUACCAGCAUUUCGAAGGGUGAAGCUGAUAUGAUGAUCUCCUUUCAAUACAGAGCACAUGGUGAUGGGUCUCCAUUUGAUGGACCUUCAAAAAUUCUGGCCCAUGCCUUUUCACCGGGAAAAUACAUUGGAGGCGACGUUCAUUUUGAUGUAGAGGAAUCUUGGUCGAUGAACAGAGAAGAAUACAAUCUUUUCUUAGUGGCUGCUCAUGAAAUUGGCCAUGCUUUGGGAAUGGGUCAUUCUAAAGAUGUGGGAGCUUUGAUGUACCCCAUUUACACAUACAUUGAACAUCAAGAUUUUGCACUGCCACUUGAUGAUGUUAAAGGAAUUCAGGCACUGUAUGGCUCUUCAAAUAAACGUGACCCAAAGCCACAUCCAAAGACUCCAGAGAAAUGUGACACCAGCCUGACCUUCGAUGCAGCCUGCACAUUGCGAGGAGAAAAAAUUUACUUUAAAGACAGGUUUCUUUGGCGUUUCCACCCAUACACUCGAAUGACAGAAAUAUCUGCGAUCAGUACUCUCUGGCCAUUUCUCCCAUCUAAAAUUGAUGCUUCCUUUGAAGACAACAUUUUGAACCUAGUUAUAUUUUUCCAUGGAACAAAAUACUGGGUCGUCAAUGGAUAUGACCUUGUAUCAAGAAUUCCUGGGUCUAUAUAUGAGUUUGGUUUUCCUGAAACUGUUAAGAAAAUUGAUGCAGCUGUGCAGAUAUAUAAUAUUCAAAAGACUUUCUUCUUUGUGGGAGACAAAUGCUGGAGUUACAAUGAAAGGGAAGGAAGGAUGGAUAAAGGAUAUCCAAAGUUGAUAGAAGAUGAAUGGCAUGGUAUUUCUGGCCCUGUGGAUGCUGCUCUUCAAGAAAAUGAUUUAAUUUAUUUCUUCAAUCAAUACACAACAUUUCAUUAUGACUACAAAGACAAGCGAGUCGUUAAUAUUGCAUAUGCAAGUUCACAAGUCUGCAAUUAAUCAACACAAUUGCUCCACUUCUUGAGAAAAAUCUGAAUUAUGUUGAGGAUUCAUAAAACAUAACAUUGUUUUAGCUUCUGCCUUUGCAAUUUCAAUAUAUUUUAUUCUGCAACUAAUCAUAUCCAUUAAUAUUUGCUGAAUAAAUUUGAGCUACUUCCUUAUUGCAUUUCUAUAAUAUACUAAUAGUUAAUGAACGUUGUAACAAUUCAAGAAAAUUAAAGCUCAAUACAUUGUACCUCC